GAGAAGACACAUUAAUAGGAAGUCGGGGGCGCAGGAGGAAAGGAGAAGCAAUGUCACAAGAUGGAAAGGCUUCUUACUGUGAUGCACUGACUUGGCAGAUGUUGCCCCGAUUGACGUAGGACCCAAGUCGCUUGGGCCAAGGAUGAGCAAGCCGACAGACCUGCAGCACGACCUGGAACGAAGCCUCCCAGCCAUAGCGUCCAUCAGCACCUCGUUCUCCCAGAGCCAGGGCUUCUCCCCGUAUUGCUACUUCUCUCCGGAGAAGAGGAAAGCCAUCUCGGACGUGAGGAGGACCUUCUGCCUCUUCGUCACCUUCGACCUGCUCUUCAUCUCUUUGUUGUGGAUAAUCGAAUUGAAUACCAAGGAUGGCAUUCAGAAGAACUUGGAGAAUGAAAUCAUCAAGUACAAUUUUAAGACCUCUUUCUUUGAUAUAUUUGUCUUGGCUUUCUUUCGGUUUUUUGUGUUGCUGCUGGCCUAUGCAAUCGUAAAGCUGCGCCACUGGUGGGUCAUAGCGGUCACUACGUUGGUAUCCAGUGCCUUCCUGAUUGUGAAGGUCAUCCUCUCCGAGCUUCUGACCAAAGGGGCUUUCGGCUAUUUGCUUCCUAUCGUCUCGUUUGUCAUUGCUUGGCUAGAGACUUGGUUCCUGGAUUUUAAAGUCCUAACUCAGGAAGCAGAAGAGGAACGAUGGGACCUGGCAGCCCAGGCUGUAGCCUCUCGCCGCCCCCUGCUCUACNNNNUCAGUGUAGCUGACACCCAGUUCGUGCUCAGCCUUCCGGAGAGCAGAGCAGGGUCGGACAACGAGUCGGACGAGGAAGGCGCAGGGAGGAAUGCGUUGACAGCUCAGGAGAAAGAAUACGUCCGACAAGGCAAAGAAGCAAUGGAGGUUGUGGACCAAAUCCUCGCCCAGGAGGAGAACUGGAAGUUCGAGAAAAACAAUGACUUUGGUGACGUUGUUUACACUUUUGAAAUACCUUUCCAUGGCAAGACCUUUAUUUUAAAGGCUUUCCUGCAGUGCUCUGCUGAAACAGUUUACCAGGAGGUUAUUCUCCAGCCUGAGAAGAUGAUCCUGUGGAACAGAACAGUGGCAGCUUGCCAGGUGAGCGUGCCGGACAAAGACAACACCAUCGUCUCAUACGACGUGGCAGCUGGGGCCGCAGGCGGUGUCAUUUCCCCAAGGGAUUUCGUGAACGUGCGCCGGAUCGAGAGAAGAAGAGACAGGUACAUUUCCUCAGGGAUGUCGACCACGCACAGCCUGAAGCCUCCGCUCUCCAAGUAUGUCAGGGGUGAGAACGGGCCUGGAGGAUUCAUUGUACUGAAAUGUCCCAGCAACCCCAGGGUCUGCACGUUCAUCUGGAUUCUCAACACGGACCUGAAG